UGUUUAUUCGUGCAUCACAUUUAUAACAUUGUAUUUUAGAAUAUACGUUUAUAUAAAUUAUUUUCCCCCUUCUCCUUCCAGGGAUAUUAUGACUAUAUAUAAUGAACCUCCUCCUGGCAUGUUCAUAGUUCCAGAUGAAAGUGAUAUGACAUUGAUACAUGCAUUGCUGACAGGUUCAUUUGAUACACCUUAUGAAGGGGGUUUCUUUUAUUUGUUAAUACGUUGCCCUCCAGAUUAUCCAAUUCGACCACCAAGAGUCAAGAUAAUGACAACUGGUGAGGGUAAAGUUAGAUUUAAUCCAAAUCUAUACAAAAAUGGAAAAGUGUGUUUGAGCAUUUUAGGGUAAGUUAGCAGUUUAAAA